GCCCACUUCUUUCUUCCCUUUUCCUCCUCUGUUUCUCCCUCUCUCUGUCUCCAGUCUGUCAUGGCAUCCCCGCGGCUGGAGACUUUCUGCUGCCCUAACAGAGACGCAGCGUCUGAGUUUGUGGUCACCUUUCAGCCCACCUUGUUCGGGGCUCUGAGUCUGGGCAGCGCCAGCCUCAGCUUAAUUUUCGCUAUUUUACAAAUUUUGCCAAAACGCAAAGGAUACAGAAGACUGGGGCAAUAUCCUCUGCCCAGGCCUGCUUCUUCAUCCCGGAUCCUGCUCAUCGUCAGCAUAUGUGACAUACUAGGAUGUGCAGGCAUCAUUGUACGUUCAUCUGUCUGGCUGGGCCUUCCAAACAUCAUUAAAGAAAUCUCCGUAACAAACAACACUGAUGUCUGGCCUGAGGUCUUCUGUGUGGGCAGUGCGCUGUGGAUCCAGUUAUUUUUCAGCGCUUCAUUUUGGUGGACCUUUUGUUACGCUGUCGACGUCUUCCUAGUGGUGAAAACAUCUGCAGGAAUCAGCACCAUUAUCCUGUACCACAUGAUCACGUGGGGUCUGGCUGUGCUGCUGUGUGUUGAAGGAGUGGCCAUGCUCUACUACCCGUCCAUCUCUGAUUGUGAAAAAGGCCUCGAGCACGCCAUCCCUCAUUACGUCACCACGUACGCCCCGAUGAUGCUCGUCCUCAUAGCCAAUCCUAUCUUCUUUAACCGGACCAUAUCUGCAGUUACAUCUUUACUGAAAGGACGACAAGGAAUCUACACCGAAAACGAGAGGCGGCUAGCCAACGAGAUCACCAUACGCUUCUUUAAAAUAAUGCUGGUGUUCUUCAUUUGCUGGGUUCCAAACAUCAUCAACGAGUGCCUCCUCUUCUACCUGGAAGUGCAAACAGACAUCAAUGACAACAGGUUCAGGAAUAUAAGAAAUGCAGCCCUCAUUACAUGGUUUAUUAUGGGGAUCCUGAACCCCAUGCAAGCGUUCCUCAACACGCUGGCUUUCCACGGCUGGACGGGCUUCGAUGUGGACCUGAGCCUGCAGAGGAGGAGGGAGCUGGCCUGGGACUCGGUUUCUACUUCAGCUCCUAACGCAGCGGGCCAUAACCCCAUGGUGGGAACCACUCUGCUCUACCAGAGUCACAUCCAGGAAGCCAAGAAAAGCCUGAUGGGUAACGGACAGCACAACUCCGACGCCAUCAGCGUCCUCUCAGAAGGUUCAGAGUCUAGUACAGUUGAAAUCCACAUUUCCGGCGAGCUGCGAGACUAUGAGGAUGUAGACGCAGACGGAGAAUCCCUGGAGAACUCUGUGAAGCACUAGCUGAGGGCGAUCAACAGCAUGCCUCCCUCUACUUCUCCAGUGUUGUCAUGUUUAGUUUCUUGUGUGUCAGAUUGUCUCCUCGUAGCCUCUUGCUGCCCUGUUGUGAGAUCCCCUGACAUUAAUCGGUCAUGAGAUCUCGUUAGCUGCUAAGACAGAAUCAGUGUAAUUCUUGAUUCAAAGCAUUUUAUUUCUUCUUAAGCUUUUUUAAAAUCCGUCUCCACUGGAGUACAGUGAAGUGUUAGAUUCAACAGCCAUCAUCUGUAGACAGAACAAAUGGAACAUUUCCUCAUGAAGAACUCACAGGCUGAGGUGUUAGAAGACCCCACCUGGCAGAUUCACUGUUAGAAAUAUGCACUACUGCUUUGUCACCAUCAUGAAGCUCUGAAUGCACAACAGAAGCUAAUAAGCUCAUCAGUGUUUCUUUUUUUUUUUUUAAAGUUUCUGUAUCGCCAACAGCCCAUGUUGUAUUUUGCACAUUUAUUUUAUACGAUAUUAAACGUCCAAAAUGUUUCUUAAA